UCGGCCUCAGUCGCUGGCGCGAGCUUGAAAAUGUGAAAUCGCGCUCAGGGAUUCGCCGGGUGGAAUUGCCAUAUUGAACGAGAAUUGGCAAAAACAUCCGCCCCAACCAUAUCUGUGAUUAUAUAGUGACCAUCUAACUCAAAAAAAAAAAUUAAUUAAAUCUAAAACUGAUAGUCCCUGUAACAAACGAGAAACAAAGAAAACUGCCGUAUAAAUUGCACAAAGCCCAGAUCAGCUAAUCAGUCUGAUUAAGGUAUCAUGAAAUCCACCAUUUCUUUGCUGCUGGUCGUCAUCUGCACCGUGGUCCUGGCCGCGCAACAGAGCCAAGCGAAAAAGGGAUGCCAGGCCUACGGUCAUGUUUGCUACGGAGGUCAUGGCAAGCGUUCCCUGAGCACCGGAUCCGGGUCCGGAACGGGAGUGGGAAUGGGCGAGACAGCCUCCGGGGGGCAGGAACAGGACUAUGUGCGUCCAAAUGGCCUGCUGCCCAUGAUGGCGCCGAACGAACAGGUUGCGGUGCCGCCCGAGGCCGACUUUAAUGACUAUCCCGCCCGUCAGGUGCUCUACAAAAUCAUGAGAUCAUGGUUCAAUCGACCACGACGACCGACUGCUCGACUGGGUGAACUGGAUUAUCCUUUGGCCAAUUCCGCCGAAAUUAAUGCACUGAACUAAGACGUGAAAAAAUACCAAAAUUCACAUAUCCACAAUCUACAGCGAAAAUAACAACUAGAACUAACCUCAAAAACGAGAGCAACAACAACAGCAGCAUCAACAGCAACAACAACAACACAUGAAUUACUUAUGAAUGUUAAUUACUUUCGCAAAUUGUAUAAAAUGUUUGAUAAAUGUCUACACAUACCAAGCAGUCAAUUUUCAUGCUAAUGGCAUAAACAUUCAAUAUAAGAAAAAAACAACUGAAAUUUUUAGGGGCUGGUAAGGAUUUCAGUGUCAAAAAAAAAGGAGCAAACGACGAAGAAUAAAUCGAAGAAAACGGCAAA